AUUAUACCAACCAUUAUGCUAAUGCUGUCUCAUAUCUAAUGUGUGUUAAUAGUUUAUUAGCUCUCCAAGAACAAUCCAAUCUUCAGUAGUACAAAUAUAUGAGAGAGCACAAAGCUUCAAGCCUCCUUCAGACUACAAGCCAUUAAACAGAGACGACCAACGACUUAACCACACUUCUUCUUUGUGCUGUCCAACCUCCAUUGUUGGGUGUGAAAGCUUUGGCUCAUCUGCCAUGUGUGGAGGAUCCAUUCUCGGCGACCUUCACUUGCCGGUGCGGCGGACAGUGAACGCCGGUGACCUGUGGGGAGACGCCGGCAAGGGUAGAGAUGGUGGCGACGGCUUGAAGAAGAGGAAGGGGAGUUCUUGGGAUUUCGAUGUUGAUUGCGAUGAUGAUGAUGAUGAUGACUUUGAGGCUGAUUUUGAGGAGUUUGAGGAUGACUAUGGCGAUGAUGAUGAUGUGGGUUUCGGGGACGACGACCAAGAAUCCGACAUGAACGGUCUCAAGCUCGCCGGAUUCAGCACCACGAAGCUCGGCCUCGGCGGCAGCAGGAAGAGGAAGACGCGAUACCGAGGGAUCCGGCAGCGGCCAUGGGGGAAAUGGGCGGCGGAGAUCAGGGACCCCCGCAAGGGCGUCCGCGUCUGGCUCGGCACGUUCGGCACCGCCGAGGAGGCCGCCAUGGCGUACGACGUCGAGGCACGCCGCAUCCGCGGCAAGAAAGCCAAGGUCAACUUCCCCGACGCCGCCGCCGCCGCCCCGAAGCGGCCACGGCGUUCUUCGGCGAAGCAUUCGCCGCAGCAGCAGAAGGCCAGGUCGUCGUCGUCGUCGCCGGCGAGCCUGAACGCCAGCGACGCCGUGUCCAAGUCCAACAACAACCGCGUCAGCUCGGCUGGGAGCAGCACCGACGCCACCGCCGCCGCCAUCGCCAUCGACGACGGCGUCAAGCUCGAGCUGCUCUCGGAGACGGAUCCUUCUCCGCCCAUGGCCGCCGCCGCCGCCGCGUGGCUCGACGCGUUCGAGCUGAACGAUCUUGACGGAUCAAGAUGCAAGGACAACGCAUUCGAUCACCAGAUUCACAAGGUAGAAGCGGCUGUCGCUGAUGAAUUCGCGUUCUACGACGAUCCGAGCUACAUGCAGCUGGGUUACCAGCUCGAUCAGGGCAACUCGUACGAGAACAUCGACGCGCUCUUCGGCGGCGAGGCCGUCAACAUUGGUGGACUCUGGAGCUUCGACGACAUGCCAAUGGAGUUCAGAGCUUAUUGAGCAUUUGAUUCUAUUUAGGAGGGAGUGAAUUAUUUGGGAGGAAGAAUCGAUGUUGUAACUUGUAAAAUCUCUGAUGAUGAUCUCUGCAUCAUAUGAUCAAUUUGAGUGCAGUUUUGUUUUUGUAAAUACGAAUUCUUUAUUAUGAUGUUAGGUUCUUAAUUUGCCCUUCUUCAUCAGGGAUUUGUUCAGGCUUUUGUUGUGAUGACUGAUUGGACGAGGGAAAGAUUGCGUUUUUUGUUGUCA